AUGUCCUCUGAUGUCAAUGUACUCCCAAGGGCGGUUCAAGAGUCUAAACCUCCUGGGGAUACCAAUGUGAAUAAAGAAAAGUUCUGGAACUCUAAUCCUCCUCCCAUCCCGCCUGUCCUGUGGCUCACAGCGAUGCAUGUUAAAUGGGCCAUCGGCGCGUCGCAAAAAGUACCAUUAUUCGGUCUCCAGCUCUAUCACCUCGCUCUCGCUUCUCAACAUUGCGUAUAUCACCUGGCCAAGGAAAUCUCUGUUGAUGAAAGCGGCUCAAAUCUGGAUCUGUUGCUCAGCCAGGUAGACGUUCUUGUUGGCCUUAUCAAUGAUCUCGGCAAGAGUAUCGAAGCUGUCAGUCAUCAAGUCGCCGUAUACGAGCCCUCCGAACAGCAAGAGAAAAUAGAUCACAUUUUCGACGGCCUUUGUGCUCUCAAAAUUGCCGGAGCAUGCAAGGUCGAAGAUUCACGCCGAGCGUUCCGAAAGAUGAAGUUUGCAGAUUGGGUUGAUAUCGAGGAGCACAAAAAUGUAUCAAGAAUGCAGAUCAUAUUGACAUCGCAACAAGUCACUUCACAUUCUGAUAAACAGCGUCCUAGUUCGCCUGCCCCUUCAGAGGGUUCGACCGACCCGGCGCAGACCGACCGGGAAGAAGUCAACUGGAAUACGGACAGCGAAUCAGAUGAAAUACUUCACAGUCACAACGACGAGAAUACCAAUCCAGGACGCAAGCGCUGGCCUAGAAUGAAAGUCCACUCCGACGUAUAUCUUAACCCAAGGGAUCUACCACGUCUCCAGCUUCUUCAACGUAUUCAAACCGAGGACUGGUUCCUUCAGCAGACAGCUGAACGAACUCUUUCUGCAGAGGAGGCAGCCCGAAUUCCCGGGGCUAUCGAAGGAGAAUCAGUACUCCUAGGAUUCUUCUCCAAGGGAAGACCGAGCCACUCGCAAAGUGUGAUGGGUGGUACGUAUGCCUCUGCGCUCUAUUAUUCUCUCAUCAUCCUUGGUAGCGGCAAGAGCCUUCGAGAGAAGAAUAUGGACCAGCACGUGAAGAGUUACUGCCCAGUCGACUCGGGUCAGAAACGUCUAGAGGACUCGGUGACUCGCUCUUCAUCCGUCCCUGCGCAUCCACCCACAAACACCAAUCUUCAUCAGUACACACCCGCUGCUACGAUAUUUUCCGAAGAGCCUUCUAAAUUUCAAACACCUGAGCUAUCUGGCCGAGCCUCAGAUGUUGAAUCUGUACGACUAGCGACAGAAGGCAUGGUUUCGGAGACUAAUGACAACAAAUUGGACUCGUUGAGAAGCGGUCCAAAGUCGGGCUUUCGGAAGCGAUUGCGACUGAUGAAGACUUCUGAUUCACCAAAAAGCUCUGGACCACGUAACCCAUCAAGCAAGAGUCAAGUUUACAAUCCUGUCAGUCUCGACCUACUGGCGGGAAUAGCGAAGAUAGAAGAAGGGUCAGAUGUACUUGCCCCUUUGAAGGCAGCUUGUAGAACAAUGAAAUCAAUCCUCGAGGUCAUACAGGCUACGGAGAUCAGGCAAGAAGAAUGGGUCGAGCUAGCUCAACGUCUGAAGAGAUAUACCUUGGUCCUUGAGGAGCAAAUCACCAUGCUUGAGCCAUAUCCUUCAAAUGAGUCGGCGAUUGACGAGUCAUUCCAGCGGUCGCUGGUUCAAGAUUUGAAGUCUCUCGAGACUAUUUAUGAUGAAUUUGCAACCCUAAAGGAGAAAUGGAGUCACAGCAAGCUCGGCGUCUUCAAAGUGUUCAAUAGAACAAAAGAUGAUAAGAGGCAGAUCGUCAAACUUAAUCAAGAUAUUGAGGAGUGGCAUAGCCGGUUUAUGGAGAAAUUGAGAAUUUUUAUCAUAUUACGAACUCGGUUCAUAGAAGUGCCUACCAAGUCAACAUUACGAAUUAUGGAAGAUGAUGAAAUGUCCAAAUUUGACGCCGCUGCCCUAUUCCAGCUGCCAAUAGUAGAGCUCGAACAGUACUCAGUCCACACGACAUGCCUUCCAGGCACUCGUCGGGCUGUUCUUGAGACAAUCUGGCGUUGGGCCGAUGAUAACGCUUCAGACAAGCCAAUAUUUUGGCUCUGUGACAUAGGAGGCUCUGGAAAAUCCACAGUUGCAAUGUCUGUGAUAGAUUCCUGCCGAAACCGAGGUAUCCUAGGAUGCCAGUUCUUCUUCUCCAUGGCAACCAGCGAAGCAUCAACCACAGACAAGUUUUGCUCUACCAUCGCACGAGAGCUUGCCCAAAAUAUUCCCGACCUUGCUCCACAUAUUGCUAAUGCUGUGAAGCGACAUCCCAAUAUCAUGCGAUCCUCACUCGAGGAGCAGUUUGAAACACUCAUCUCUGGUCCCCUUCGUCAUCGGCAAGGAUGUGUCAUUCUUGUCAUCGACGCUGUCGAUGAAUGCAAGUCCGCACCACAGCGAAGGGAACUAGUCGAGACCCUGGCUACGGCUGCUCGAAACACCAAAAACCUCAAAAUAUUCAUGACAAGCCGGCCAGACAGUAUCAUUCAAUUAGUCCUGGGACCACUCUCCAUCAAAGCCAAGCUGGAGGACUGUUUGCACGACAUCAUUCACAAGGAUAACGUUGACGACGUCGCGGCCUAUAUACAUCAAGCGCUUUCUGGAAUACUAUCAGAGGAUAAGAUACAGAAAUUGGCUGCGAAGGCUAAUGGGCUAUUCAUCUGGGGAAGUACUGCAUGCCGAAUGCUCACAAGUGAAACAAGCUGGGACCUUCCGGAGGAAAUAUAUUAUCGCCUCAUUUCCACGGAUCAAAGAGGGGAUAUAGACGAUGUAUACGAUCUCAUCUUUGAGCGCGUAGACCCGAAGUUUCAUGCGGUGAUGUUUCAAAUGCUCGCACUGCUGCUUGCUGCAUUCGAGCCAUUUACUCCUGAUGAUCUAGACGAUAUUCUCAAGCAUAAUGGUAUACGCGGAAGUGUCAGAUCUUUGGUGCAGAAUCUAGGGAGCGUCCUUGUUGCGGAUGAGGGGACAAACCUGAUACAAUUUCGUCAUCCAACCUUUUUGGAAUACCUUCGACGCUGCUCCGUCCCCCCGUACGUCGGCAGUACCAACAAAGUGUAUAUCGACGUUGCCAACGCGCAUGGUCAAGUCGCGUCUUGGUGUCUUAACUGCCUCACAUCGAGAACUGAAGGGCUCCAGUUCAAUAUAUGUCAAAUCGAGUCAUCUUUCUAUCUAAAUCGACAGAUCCCUGACCUUGAUGCCCGGGUAGCAAAGUUCAUUCCACGAAGGCUGCGAUACGCCAGCUCUCAUUGGUCAUUCCACGUCGCAGGCACUGGCUGGAACUGGAGUGGAAAGCUAAUAGAGGAGUUCGGGUGCAUUAUUAGGAGUUCCCGUGUCUUAUACUGGAUGGAGAUUCUAAGUGUGACAGCGGAUGUCUCGCGGGCGAUUUCUGGGCUCCAAGCCUUGAUGCGCCGUACAGGUAUCAAGGAGGAGACAAAGAAUCGCAUUUUCGAUAUUGGUCGAUUUAUGAUGGCAUUCUUGGUGCCCAUCCAAGAAAGCAUACCACAUAUUUACAUUUCUGCGCUUCCAUUCACUCCCGGAACAUCAAAACUGCGUACAGAGUGUCUCAACAGCUACCAGCAUACCCUCGCAGUGACUCGGGGUCUCGAGGAAGGGCAUCAUGGGCUACUGAUGACUCUCCGAGGCUUUAAAUAUUCAGUGGCUGCGCUUGCGUUCUCGCCGGAUGGCUCGCAUAUUGCCUCUGACACAGGUGGAAAUGCGAUUCGCCUGUGGGAUAUAGAAAGUGGCCAGCCAUUGGGAGAACCACUCCAGGGUCACAAAGGACCGAUUUCUGCCGUUACAUUCUCACCAGACGGUUCGCGGAUUGGCUCCGCCUCGGAUGAUCAGACAAUACGACUCUGGGAUGCGUUCAGUGGUCAGCCUUUGGGUAGGCCGCUUCGAGGUCACAAAAGAUGGGUCAACGACCUCGCAUUCUCUCCAGAUGGCUCGCGGAUGGUCUCUGCGUCGGGGGACAUGACAAUUCGGCUGUGGGAUGCGGAUACCGGCCAACCCAUUGGAAAACCACUUGAAGGUCAUAAAGACUCAGUUUCUGCUGUUGAAUUCUCGCCAGAUGGUUCAAUAAUCAUCUCUGGAUCUUGGGACAAGACAAUUCGACUUUGGGACGCGGCAACUGGUCAGCCUUUGGGAGAGCCUAUCCGAGGUCACGAGGAGCGGAUCAAUGACGUUGCAAUCUCACCAGACGCCUCGAAAAUUGUCUCUGGAUCAGAUGAUAAAACGAUUCGACUCUGGGAUGCUGAAACUGGCCAGCCACUCGGAGAGCCACUGCUAGGGCAUAAUGGGGUGGUUACCGCCGUUGCAUUCUCGCCAGACGGUUUACGAAUCGUCUCUGCGUCGAGCGGCAGUACGCUUGAACUAUGGGACGUAGGCACUAGCCAGCAGUUAGGAGAACCGCUUCGAGGGCACGAUAGCUGGAUCAACGCUGUCGCAUUCUCACCAGACGGCACCCGAAUUGUCUCGGCAUCUGAUGACGAGACAAUUCGACUAUGGGAUCCGGAUAGUGGUCAACCAUUAGGAGAGCUUAUACCUGGUCACACAGAACAGAUCAACGACAUCGCCAUUUCGCCGGACGGCUCCCGAAUCAUCUCUGGAUCAAACGACAGGACACUUCGCCUAUGGAGUGUCCAAAGUGGCAAGCAUCUGGGAGGGCCUCUUCGAGGGCACAGUGGAGUGGUCACAGCCGUCGCAUUUUCGCAAGAUGGCUCGCGAGUUGUCUCUGCUUCAGAUGACAAGUCAGUGCGACUAUGGGAUGCCAUUACGGGCAAAUCUCUGGGAGAGCCUUUCCAGGGUCAUGUUGAGUCGGUCAAUACCGUCGCAUUUUCACCAGAUGACUCAAAAAUUGUAUCUGGUUCAAGUGAAGGUGUCGUUCGGGUGUGGGAUGCAGUGACCGGUCAGCCAGUGGGAGAGGCGCAGGGUCAUAAUGGCCCGCUCAAGACUGUUGCGUUUUCUCCAGACGGUCUGCGACUCGUCUCCGGCUCAACUGACUGUACCGUCCGAAUUUGGGACGUAGGUACUGGUCAUCCAAUUGGGGAUGCCCUUCGAGGUCACUUUGAAUCGGUAAAUGCGGUGGCAUACUCAACAGACGGAUUACGGUUCGCUUCUGCCUCGGAUGACUGGACAAUUAGACUGUGGGAUGCUACGACUGGUCAAAUAUGGGGGGGACCACUUCGAGGUCAUGAGGAUUCGGUUACCUCUAUCGCAUUCUCGCCAGACGGCUCAACAAUUGUCUCUGGCUCAAGCGACAAUACCAUUCGAUACUGGAAUGUGGCGACUGGUCAGUUGUUAGGGGGAGCACUUCGUGGCCACAGUGGAUGCGUCAAUGCCGUCUUAUUCUCCCCCGACGGGUCGCAUGUUAUUUCAUGCUCGAGUGACAAGACAAUUCGAGUGUGGGAUGCGGAUAUCGUUGCGCAUAUUACCACUUCCAAGCAGGACAGCGAGCCUGCAGAGUCAGGUUCUGGUGAUCCAUCACUAGGAACUCGUCUUAGAAUCCGCGUACCUGGAUUCGAGAAGUGCACACUUUCCCACGAUGGUUGGGUGCAAUCGUCCGACAAACAUCUCUUUUGGGUGCCACCGGAUAACCGGCAUGGGCUUCAAUACCGACACCUUCUGACGAUGCCGACAAGGAGCCCGUUCCGAGCGACCGAAAUUGACUUUACCAACUUUCAGUGUGGCACCUCUUGGACAAAGGUUCGAGGAGACGCAAUGGAGUGA